UGCUCCUCGAGGCUGGCGCGGCGAUCAACCAAGCCAAGCAGAACGGUGCCACGCCGCUGUUCAUUGCGUGCCAGCUGGGCCACGUCGACAUCAUCCGGCUGCUCCUCGAGGCCGGCGCGGCAGUCUGCCAAGCCCGCAACAACGGCGCCACGCCGCUGCUCAUGGCGUGCUGGCAGGGCCACCUCGAGGUCGCCAAGCUCCUCUCCUCCUACGGCGCCUCCCGCGCCGCUACGCCCUUCGGCACGCCCGAGGAGGCCGCAAACAGCCGCGGCCACGCCGACCUCGCCGCCUGGCUGGUCGCCAGCCGCGGCUGGACGCCGCUCGCGCACCUUGAGACCCUCACCGCCGCCCGCGCCACCUGCCUCCUGCGCAGCGGCGCAAGCUUGCACGAGGGCGAGCCGACGCCGCUGCGGCGCGCCGCGGGCGGUGCGGGCGAGGCGGCGGCGCUGGUCCGGCGGGCGGCGGCGCUGUGGUCGCCGGCAAGCCACUCGCUCUUCCCCGCGGCGGCCCGCGCGCGGGCGGCGCUCCUCGUCCUCUCGCUCUACGAGAUCCACGAGCGGUACCACCUCGACUCGGCCGGAGCCACGAACGGCAUCGCGGCGCUCGACUUUGGCCACUGCGUCUUGGGCUUCGCGAUCACGCGCGAGACGGAGUAGG